AUGACAGUUGAAUUAGAUGGUCGCCGUAAAGAAUUGUUGGAGCUAAACCUCAAAAGCUGGGAAAAUGAAUACACCUUGCCGGUUGCAACCAAAUUGGACUCAUCGCUCAAGAAGAAUACAGCGUUUAUCAAGAAAAUAAAGACUAGCUUAAAUCAUGACCAGUUAAAGAAUAUUUUGUCUGAUAUCAAGAGUUUGUCUUUGGAAAAAUACCUUUCAGAGGUUAUUGUUUCUCUAGUUGAAGGGAUGGUCAAAGUUUCCAAAAGCGAUGAUAUUGCCGCCACAAUGGAAAUCUGCUCUGCAUUCCAUCAAAGAUUUGGCGUUGAUUUUACAGGAGACAUGAUGAAUCAGGUCUUGGUCUAUAUGUUAAAUCAUCGAGACCAAGAUGCCGCUGAUGAUGAAAAAGCAACGCAACAAAUCAUCUCGCGUCAAAAGAAUCUUUUAAGGUUAAUGGGGGAAUUUUAUGCAGUGAAAAUUAUUAGAACAGGUAGUGAUAUCUUGAGCUCCAUUGAUCCCAAGAUUGUUAAACUGUAUAAUUUGGAUAAAAAGAGAAAUGAACCCCUCAUCACGUUAUUAUUGAAAUACUUGCUUAACUUUGAUCUCGAGCAAGGUCGAUGUUUGAGUGCUGUUCAUUCUUUUUUGAAAAGGUUUCGGCAUUUGAUAUUUGAUCUGGAGAAUGACAUCUUGGACUCCGAGGUUAAGCAUGUAUUGAAACAAAUAUUUACAAUAUACACUGAGGCAACUCUCAAAGUCGCAGUAGAGUUGAAAAAUAAAGUAGGAAAACUUCAAGUCAGAAACAAAAAGGCAUCAAUAAGGACGGGACGCAUCUUGGAGGAAGAGGAACUGGAAUUACAAGAAGCUACAAUUCUUUUUGCAAACUUCAAACAAACUUUGGAAUUUCUUGCACCUCUUGUAGACGUGUCAUUACCAAGCACCAUUCUUGAUGCUGACCUUUUAGAUGACACUAAUGGUAAUGAACUUGAAAUUAGUAAUGAAAACACAGUUGAAGUGGUUAAACAAAAGUCCAGUGGGAUGGAGGAAGAUGCUUAUGGAAUAUGGGAAGAUGCAAAGGAAAAAGCUUUUUAUACAAUAAUCCCGCUGUUGGAAGAGUUGUUGUCAUCAAUGCAAAAAGAGCAAGGAGAAGAAACGUUAUCAAAACGAGAAAAUUUAGAUGAGUCUCAAUCAUCUGGUGGGAAGAUUCAAGAUUUCUUGAAUCGUUUGGAAGAUGUCAGGUCCAAUGAUAUGGAUCAAUUGGUGGUGGAAUUCAAUAACUUACAAUUGAAUAAUAAAGCUACAAGGAAUAGAAUAAUGCGGUUUUUCAUUGAAACAUCUACCUUGAACAAUUUGCGUUAUUAUACUAGAUUUCUCAAAAUUAAUGAAUCGAAUUUAAAAGAGUUGAUUGAAGAUCUAAUCACGUAUUUGGAUAACGGAUUCAGGUCACAGUUGCACAGAAACAAGUUGAAUGUGAAGAAUAUUCUAUUUUUCUGUGAGUUGGUCAAAUUCAAAAUGAUUCCCAUUCAUGUCAUUUUUCACAAAAUUAGAAGGCUAACUUUGGAUAUCACAUCAACCAACAACAUUGAGAUUCUUUCCGUCUUUUACGAGAAUGUGGGAAGAUUUCUUUUGCACGAGCCAGAGUAUAAGGAUCUCAUGAGAGGAAUGAUUGAUUUGCUUAAAGAGAAACUGAAGCAGUCCAAUUUGAAAGUUAAUGAUAAACUUGCCAUCAAUAAUCUUCUCAUUAUGGUUGAGCCUCCAGCUGUUAAAGUGCAAAGAGAGGUGAUCGAGUUGUCGCCAAAACUGCAAUUUGUUCAGAAAUUGAUAAGGUCGGAGCUCAACAAAAAUACUAUUUUGUUGAUCUCGCGUCUUUUGAAAAAAGUUUUUGCUUCAAAUGUUGGUGAAGAAGAGUCCCAAGCAUUGUUGGACAGUUUUGCCCGCCCCGAUCUUCUCAACUAUGACAAUUUGCCAGCAUUGGCCAAGCUUUUGCAUACAUUUGCUGACAAGAGAGUCAUAGUUAUCAUUGUUGAUACUAUUGUUGAAAACAUUAUCCGUGGCUUAGAACUCAAUGAUUUCAGAAUGAAUCGCGCUAGAAUGUCGCAAGUUAAAUAUAUCGCUGAGAUGUACAACCAUGGACUUUUGAAUUACAAGUUGAUUAAUGAUUUGUUGUAUCGUAUCUUGUGCUAUGGACACCCACAGAAUCAGCCAUUGCCCAACAAUUGGGAUAUCGAUAUCGAUUUACCGAAUAAUUAUUUCCGUAUUCAAAUGUGCUGUUUAUUGUUGCUUUCUUUACAAUCUGUCCACGUCGAAAUUCUCCCUCUGUUGAAAAAGAAUACAAAUAAAGCUAAAGCCAGAGCAAAAGCAAAAGCAAGAGCUAAAGGCAAAGGCAAAGGUAAAGGUAAAGCUAAUAUGGCUGACACUGCCGGCGCAGAUACAGACUACGAAAAUGAAGACGCAGAAUUCAAGAAAAGAAAAGAAGUUAAUGAAAAUCUUUUGAGUGUGUUUGUAACAUUUUUUCAAUACUACAUGUAUUGUAAAGAGGCGCCAUUCCCAGUUGACGUGAAAUUCAAAUUAGAUGAUAUGUUUAAAAAGUUUGAGAAUGUACCUGGCGUUAUCAGAUACGAGUCUGUUCGAGAUGUAGUGAAGAAAUUGGCAGAGCUGAUUCAAACCAAAGAAGAUGCAGAAACUUAUUUGGAAAAUGAGGAAGAGAAUGCUUCUGAGCCGCUUGGAGAUGAUGAAGACGAUGAGGAUGAGGAUGAUGAGGAUGAUGAAGAGGAUGAUGUGGAUGAUGAAGAGGAUGAUGAAGACGACAAUGAGGAUGAAGAUAUUGAGAUAGACCCAGAAGAAGAAGAAGACGACGACGAAGAAGAAGAAGUAGGUGAGACGGAUAGUGAAGAAGGAGAUUCUGAUAGCGAUGAAGAGGAUUCUGAAAGCGACGAUGACGAGACUGAUAGUGAAGAUGAAGAAGAUGAGGACGAAGAGGAUGAUAUAGAUUUUAGCGACGUGUCGGAUGAUGAAUCCCUACCCGAUGCUAUGUCCGAGCUUGAAAAAGAGCGAAUUGAAGCAGAAAAGAAGUUCCAAAGCGAUUUGGAUAAAGAAUUUCAACGUAUAAUGAUUGAGUCGUAUGGUACAUCAACUCAGGGUCAGGUUGGUAAUACAAGAAAACCACUUCCAGCGCCUGGUCAACUUUUCCAGGAGAACCAAAAUAGACCCAAUGUUGCAUCUAAUGGCAAGAUAAAAUUUGGAUUGUUGACAAAGAGUGGUGCGGGUGGCAAGACCAACACUGUGAAACAGUUGCACUUGCCGAGUGAUAAUAAAUUUGCCGAAUCUGUAUUGCGUGAGCAAGAAAAUAGGAAAAGAGAUCGACAAAGAAUUAUGUCGUUGGCCUCGCAAAUGGGCGACUAG